GUAGCAGAAGAUCUAGAAAGAGAUGUCUUAAGACUUCAAGAAGAUAUCGAGCGUUUACUGGCAAAAGUGACGAAAAAAAGAAAAGUUAACAAGCCGGCAGUGCAUGGAACUUUUGAAGGGGACCCAACUACAUCUUUUGGAGUAAUUAAUUCAAUACAGGACUUUUUUGCUGAUAUAUUUAUUGCAAACCGUAGAUUCGGUGUUUCAAGUUAUGAAGGGCUUGUGCCA